AUGGCUAUAAAGGCGGCUCAGCACGGAUUAAAGGUUGGCGUUGUUGAGAAAAGAUCAACUCUUGGAGGCACUUGUCUUAACUGUGGCUGUAUUCCAUCCAAAUCAUUGCUUAACACUUCACACAUUUUCCAUUUAAUGAAGAAAGGAGUGAAUGGUAUAAAAAUGACGGGACUUGAUAUGGAUGUUGGUAAGAUGAUGGAGGAUAAGGAAGCCGUGAUGAAGACGUUAAAUAUGGGAAUUUUCGGACUUUUUAAGAAGAAUAAGAUCGAUUAUGUUCAGGGAACAGCUUCCUUUAAGAGUGAAAAUGAGGUUUCAGUUGGUUCCAAAACGUUAUUGGCUGAUAAGGUUGUAGUAGCCACAGGCUCUGAAGUUAGACCCUUUCCUAACGAAUCACUUAAGGUUGACGGCAAAUAUUUUCUCUCAUCCACUGAAACGCUUUGCCUUGACAAGGUUCCAAAUCGUCUUCUAGUGAUUGGCGCCGGUGCUAUUGGACUAGAAUUGGCUUCAGUUUGGAGUAGACUAGGUUCUAAGGUUGACAUUUUCGAAUUCAAUAAAAAUAUUUGUUCUGUUAUGGAUAUUGAUGUGUCGAUGUCGAUAAAGAAGAUUUUGGAGAAACAAGGUCUCAAUAUUCACGUUGACACCAAGGUUCUAAACGCUAAAGUCACCAAUAACACCGUCACUCUCACUACACAGACUGGAGAUAAAGAAAUGAAUCAUGUUGGAGAUAAGGUAUUAGUUGCAAUGGGCAGGGUGCCAUAUACUGAAGGUUUAGGACUAGAGAAAUUAGGCGUAGUUUUGGAUUCCGGAAGGGUACCAACAGAUGUAAAUUUAAGAGUUUUAAGAGAUCAUAAAGAUCCGACGUCAAAGUUAGAAAAUGUGUAUGCAAUUGGGGAUGUAACCUAUGGUCCAAUGUUGGCACAUAAAGCAGAAGAAGAUGGAUUGGUAGCACUAGGUCAUAUUUUAGGGAAGAAUCUUAUUGAAAGUGACCACAAUCUUGUUCCGUCAGUAAUUUACACAAAUCCUGAAAUCGCAGGCGUAGGUCAAACUGAGCAGAAUUUACAAAAAUUGGGAAUUAAAUAUAAAAAGAGCGUUUUCCCAUUCAUGGCAAAUAGCAGAGCCAAAAUAUACAAUGAAACUGAGGGAUUUGUAAAAUUACUUGCUAAUGAGCAAAACAAACUUCUAGGGGCUUGGAUGGUGGGGCCACACGUAUCAGAAAUGGUACAUUUAACUGUUCUUGCAAUUACUUAUGGAGCAUCAUCCGAAGAUGUUACUCGAAUGUGUUUUGCACAUCCAUCACUCUCUGAAUCUAUCAAGGAAUCUGCACUAGGAAUUCACUUCAAACCCUUACACUUUUAA